CAAUAAUCUAAAAUUCGAUUUUCAAGUUUUUUGAUAUUACAUUUAUAGACAUUUCAAGUAUAUUUGGUAGCCCUUCGUCUUAUCUUAGUAACUCACUAGAUUGCUUUUUUUCUUAAACAAAUAUUUUACCUAUAGAAUACCUUAGAGGUAUUUGGGUGUCUAUCUAACCAUUUUUCUAUAUUUUGGUAGCAAUUGUAUUGUUUACAUUAAGUAGUACUACAAAAUUGAAUUAGUAAAAGAGGAGAAGAUUCUUUUAUGCAGCUUACAUAUUUGGAUUUAUAGCUUUUUAAUGUAACACUGCUACUUAACUUGUUUUAAUUAUGUCAUGCUCUUAAAUCGGUGAUGUAUAUUAUAUUAAAUCUUAGCUGAACAAAGAAUGCUAUACCUACGAGCACUUAAAAUACACUCUUUAUUUCAUAUUACCUUUAUUUUUGUUUUGGGUAAUUAUAAUCACGUUAUUCGUAUUAUGGAGAAUAAGAAUCAAAAGAAAUAAAUUAACAGAACCAAUAUAGCUUUAUAAAUAUGGAUUUAUUUGUGGAGAUUACAAAACAAAAUACUUCUACUGGGAAUUUUUGAGGAUUCUUUUAAGGCUUAGCAUAGUGCUAGUGGGAAAUAUCUUUGCUGAGAACCUUUUAAUAUUGAAAUCUAAUUUUGCUGUUUUAGUGAUUCAAAUUUAUAAUUACUGCUUGAUAAAACUGAGUCCAUACAUAAAUAAAAACUCUCUUAAAAUAGACUAUUACUUUAACUAAUGCAUUUGCUUGCUCUUUCUUCUAAAUCCAAUAACAUAUUAUACUUAAAAUGUUGCUAUAUACUAAACGGCUUAUAUUUCUUAAUUUGUCAUAAAUUUAAUUUGUUAUGCCAUAUUUUUGUUAAUGGUAAUAGGAUUUGUUGUUAACAAAAAUGAGAAACUAAAUAAAUAUUUGACUUAAAAAAUUCCUUUCUUGAACCGUUUUUUAUAAAAGCCUUUAGUAAGCUUUAAAAGAUUUUCUCUAUGGAAAAAAGUGAAGAAACACUUUGAUAAAUAUCAAAAAGCUAAAAAAGGUGCAUAAUAAAUUAAAAAAAAUAGUCUAAGAUCUAAUUAACCGAAAAUUUCAUUGAAUAUAAAUGAAAAAUAACCUCAUGAUAAUAAUCAAAAUACUAUUGAUCUUGAUUUUAAUACUCCUAAAAAUUCAGAAAAAGCCUUUAUUAAUUUGAAGAACUCACCUGACUUUUAUAAAUCUGUUUAAAAUAUGAAAAGCUUAAAUAGCUCUAUAUAAUCUCCAACCCGUUCAACUAGACACAUUAUGCCUUCUUACUAAAAAAGCAACUUUUAAAAUUUACAAAAUUAAGAAUAAAAUACAUCCUUACAAGACAAAAAAAACGUAGAAGAAUUCAAACAAAAACCAAUUUAAAAGACAAUAGAAGAUAAAAAGGAAACUUAAAGUAUACAUAUAGUUUCAGAGAUUGCUUCCAUAUCAGAUUUAAAUUUGGAAGAAAACCCCUAAGUAAAUUAGAUGUUUAAUGUGGCUUUUUUUUAAUCACAAUAUGAGCUCUUAUAAAAGAUGAAAGAGGACAUUUAUAAAAAUUAACAACAAAGUAGUGAAUGAUUAUUUCAUAACAAUUCUUUUAAAUAAUUAACUAAAAUUUAUGCUUCUGCUCAAU